UGUUAAAUUUUAAAGACGACUAUAAAACAAAAGAACCAUAUGAAAAAUAGUGCAGUGUAACAUAUUGAAAAUGCCAACUCAUAAAACGUCAACAAUUUGUCGUAGACUUAGAAUGGAGAUAAACCUCAAAAAUAUUUAUUAAAAAAAAAACAAAUAAUAAAAAACAUUAAUUAUUAAAAAAAAUCCAAACGUCAUUGUUUGUUGUGUAAUAAUAAAACAUAGCAUUAGCUUUUAAACAAAACAAACAACACAGACUGCGACCACUUAAUUGAGAAUAAACCCUGGACUUGCACAAUGACCCUUCGGUAUCAUCGUCACACCAACGAACAAUUUUCGCAUUCAAAAGCGUUAACAACAGUUUACACAGCAAUAAUAAUUCUAUUAACAAUACAACUCAAAUGUUUAAACUGCAAUGCAAUUCUGCUCAAAUGUCCCCUCUAUCAAAUGCAUUUGCAAAAAAUUGUGGGGUUUCGGCCACCCAUUGAAUACCUUAAAGAUAGAAAUUUAAUCUAUUCACCCCAUGGCAAUUACAAGGAACAUAAUCGAUAUACCCGGGAGGGAUAUCCCAUUACCGAAGCACAACUGCAAGAGCAGCGAUCACAAUCUGUAAAUGGCUCACUACGAUUCGAAAGCACUGCAAGUUCUGAGUGUUGGCGCAUCUGCAAUGAAGAUGAUGCCUGUUUGGCCUAUGUUCACCUUUUGGAUGUCAAUGAGUGUUAUGGCUAUUCAUUCUUUGAAAAGAACCCCAAUUAUAUGGCGGUUGGCAAUGAUUUGCCCCUUGUAGCUGAUGGUGAGGCCGUGUUCUAUGAAAAGACAUGUUUAAAAGUGCCCGAAUCAUGCAAACAGCGUUUGUGGACCUUGACUAAGAUACCCGGAAACAGUUUAGUAUUCCAGGGAAAGAAAACCAUAUCGACAUUGGUCACGCGACGUGAAUGUGCUGAGAAAUGUCUAUUCGAACAUGAGUUCCAGUGUUUAUCUGCAUCGUUUGCCCCCUCGCAUCGCAACAAUCAUGAGAGAUUCAUUCAAGACAAGUCUUUGGCGGCAAGACAACAUCAAAGUACUUUGGGUAGAUGUAUACUCAGCGACAAAGAUAAAAUGAUACAACCGGAUGCAUUUCGUGCUGCCCCCUAUGAUGAGGAGUACAUAGAAAAUCAAUGCUAUGAAAGACCCGUGGAAAAUGAUCAAUGCUCAUAUGAGCUAUAUGCGAAUAGCACCUUCCUCUAUGCGGAGACCAUGAUUAGGGGAUUGAACCAGAAAGAAUGUCAAUCGUAUUGUUCACACGAGACACGAUUCUAUUGUCAAGGCGUAUCGUUUUAUUUCGAGGGGGAUUUGCACAACACCCAAUGUCUACUACAUUCAGAGGAUAUCAUAUCGAUGGGUCCGAGAAGCUUGAAGCAACGCGAAAACUCUGUCUAUAUGCGUAGAGUCAAGUGUUUGGAUGUUCAGGUACUUUGUACCCACAAUGAAAUGUCCAUACGGUACACGCCCAAGGAUUGGUUCCAGGGAAAAAUGUAUGUCAGCAUGCACUCAAAGGAGUGUAUGGUUCAGGGCAAUGGCACUAAAAGUACCAUGCUAAGAUUACCCAUAGGCAGUGAAGCUAAAGAGAAUAAAUGUGGCAUACUUAGAGCCUAUGAAGUGACCAAGGACUAUCACAGAAUCUUCAUUUCCACGCUGGUGGUUAUACAAAACAAUCCCAAUGUUCAAACUCAGGGAGAUCGUUUGAUAAAGGUGGGUUGCAUUAUGAGUAACAGCACCUUAAGGGAAAGACGGGUGGAUAGUGAAGGUAACGAAGCCGAUAUCAAACUGCAUAUCAACAGCGGCAACGGUGAUGAUGAUGUUGAAGAUGGAUAUGAUAACACUGAAGACAAGAAUGAUGACAACAGUCCCAAUGCCAUAGCUUUGGAAUCUUCUUUGGAAUUUGCUCAUAGUUUUCCCCCCAAUGAAGGCUCUUUACAUUUCAAUGCCAGCGAUUUUCAUCCCACCCCCAAAAUCACUCUUCAGAUAAUCGAUCUGGCCCACGACCAUCAGACCAAUGAUGUACAGAUCGGACAAGGUUUGGAAUUGCAAAUUGCCGCUGAAUACACGGCCCAACAGCACAGAGAGUUUGCCCACAUUGGUCUUCCAGCUUUACCAGACUUUCGGGCAACUUCGCUUAUAGCCAAAACUUUGGACAAGCAAAAUUAUGUGCAAUUAUUGGAUACCAGAGGCUGUCCCACCGAUGUUACCGUAUUUCCCGGACUGGAAAGAGUUCGCACCCCUACCAAGAAUAUUUUGAAGGCAAGAUUUCAUGCAUUUAAAUUUGCCGGCACUUCCAUGGUUAACUUUGAUGUGCGAAUACAUUUCUGUACCAGUCCUUGUCCAGAGGAUAAUUGCCAAAGUGCCACAAGCGGACCUUCUUGGUAUGCCAUAACAACAUCAGAAGCAUCACCGCCCAGCAGACAUAGAAGACAAGUGCCACCCGAGCAAAGUUUGCAGCAGUUCAAAAUACAAAAUCCUGUGUAUAUUUCUACGGUGAUGGACAUAGUAAAUCUGCCGGAUAAUGAGAACACAACAAGUUUUGAAACCUCGAAGGAAGAGGAAGGCAAAUCCGAUGCUAUACCUCUGAACUUUAACUUAAGGGUUAGAGGUCCAGAUAACACAAAUAGCAAUAGUUUUAUUUAUGGCGAGAGAGGUGUACUGCUUAUAGCUGGCAUAGAUGAUCAACUGCAUAUGGAAAGCAUUUGCAUGAACCAAAGUCUUCUCAUUGCGCUAUUGAUCUUCUGGCUAAUAUUCCAGAUCGGAUUAAUGUUCAGUUGCUGUUUUGUCAUUCAGAAAUACAAGCGCUUAGCAAUGCUGGAUGAGGAGCGUCGCAAGAUACAUGAAAGUCUGGAAUAUUUAGAGGGUCGUCGUGUUCAUUGGGCCGAUCAGGGUGGCUACACCCUGUAAUUGCUUUGUUUUUUAGUUUUAGACAUAAUGUGCAGAAACAAAUUAACUUUAGACAGUUGGUACUUAAAUAAGAUUUGAAUGUAAAUAUUUAACGAAAAAAAAACAAGCACCGCUUAAUAAACAAAAUUUUGCAAAUUUUUUUAUUGGUAUAGAAAA